AUGUGCUGUAACUACUACGGAAGCUCCUGUGGAGGCUGUGGAUACGGCUCAAGAUAUGGCUGUGGAUACGGCUCUGGCUAUGGCUGUGGAUAUGGCUCUGGCUAUGGCUGUGGAUAUGGCUCUGGCUAUGGCUGUGGAUAUGGCUCUGGCUAUGGCUGUGGAUACGGCUCUGGCUAUGGCUGUGGAUAUGGCUUAGGCUAUGGCUGUGGAUAUGGCUCUGGCUAUGGCUGUGGAUAUGGCUCUGGCUAUGGCUGUGGAUAUGGCUCUGGCUAUGGCUGUGGAUAUGGCUCCAGGUACGGCUGUGGAUAUGGCUCCAGGUAUGGCUGUGGAUACGGCUCUGGCUGCUGUAGCUACAGAAAAUGCCAUUCCUCUUGCUGCUAG